AUGAAAGCAAUAUAUAACACUAUUAAUCGCAUACUGAGUGAAACAGAGACACCAACUACUUACAGUCUUUUUAUAUCACCUUCAGGAGGGAUCACAAAUCAUCGAGGAUAUUUACAUGGACACUUCAAAUAUCAGCAUGCUCACGUACGAUUAUUAUCAACAUCCAUAAACCGACUGGCCUCUAGUGUUUCGUAUUCUGAGAAUGCGAAGGAAAAUAAAUUGCCACUUGAUCUUCAGGUGAAAUUUCAAAGGUUGGAAAAAUCUAUUAACCGUAUACUCGAUAAUACGGACUUGAAUAUACGAGUAAGCUCCACUGAAUAUAAGAAAUUGAAGCAGAAAGCUAGGGUCAAGGGUUUAGUAUUUCCAGCUUUUAAUAAGACAGAUCAACCAGUUGGGCCUAUUGCUGAAGACAAAUUAUUUGACAUCGUCUCAUCCUAUUAUCUUACCCAUACAACAUUUCACCGAUUACGCUAUAAUGCUUAUCCUCUCAUACCACGUUUAAAGAAUUCACCGAGGUAUCACGAAUUCGAGAGAUUUGACGAACCAGUGAGUGAUACCGAAGAAUAUAAAAAUCAUUUAGACAGUUACAUCCUGCGGGUCACAAGCUUUAUAUAUGAUAGCAGCCGAGAAUCAGAAGACCAGGUGUUCCAGUAUCUUCUGGAUGUUCUAGAUAGGAAUAGUGAGGUUAUUACCCAGAAAGGCUGCAACAUUUUACUUGAGUAUUGUACAUCAAGGUUCAAAUUUGACGAAGUCAAGGCUGUAUGCUUCAUAAUGAAGCACAGAGGCUUUACAUUUCCAAUGAAAACGGUGAACAUGCUUUUUUAUCAAUGCUUGAAAUAUUCAACCAAGUACUCCACAAACAGAUUUAUGUAUUUCUGGAAUUUAUUGCUUCCAUAUAUUCAGCCUGAUUACUUUACAUUAAAUGUGGUUGCAUCGGGGUUUAAAAGCAAGGAUAGCUUUUAUCGUGCAUUGAGAUGGAUAGAUAAACACAACAUUCCAUUUUUAUCAUAUUCAGCAAUAGAGAGGUUUAUUCCUGGCUUCUACCAUAUAAGCUACAACCGAUUAUCGAGAAUUAAUCUUAAGGAGGAAGAUAGGUCAAUUCUAGCCAACUUGAUUCUUGCAAAACGGAUAAACUGGAGUAUGAGUAAGGUCAAUUCAUUCUCGGAGUACGACGCUUAUGCCAGAAGAACGAACCUCGAGCCAACGGAAAGAACAUUUCACAUUAUAUUCGAUAGCAUUAUCAAUGAUUUUAGUAAUUUUACGUUUGGUAUUGCCUUUUGGAAUUAUUUCAUCAAACGGAACGAGGCCACAAAUGCGGCUAAGAACAUAAAUGAAAAGGAUGUAUAUGGCUCAUUAUUAAAAGCAUUAAUUAAUAUUGGUGGUACUGUUCCUCCUUCAGAAUCCCCAAACUGGGGUGUUACUGUUCGGUAUGCUUACAUGAAAACUGUUGACCCUGAAACAGGUAAGAGUGAUGUUGAAGAUAGCUUGAUCAAAAAGCUAGAAUUUAUUGCUUUAAAGAGAAAGAUAUUUAACUUCAAUAUCAAGGACGCGCCAACUUUACAGAACGUACAGACUAUAGAGGUUCAGUUACAAAACUUGGAUUGGAGUGGAGAGCCAAUUUGGACAUUUGCUGAUAACAGCCUUCUUUUUCAGAGGGCGUGCUAUUUCUUCGGUUAUCCAUAUGGAAUUAUUGAUCGGAGAGUUGCGACAAUUAUGGAAAAGGAAAGUCGCAUUGUGGCAUUAUCGGAUGCAACUCAAUUGGUUCAGAGUAUUCCAUCGGAAAAAGACCGUUUCCUUAUUCAAGAAGCAAUUGACGAUCAUAAGUUAGAUAUGUCUAUGUUUGAUACAUGGUUACAGAAUUAUUUCCGUUCAAAAGAGCAGAAUGCCGAUAGCCUAGAAAAAUAA